AUGACGGGAACAGAGGAACCCGAGAAUGAACAAGAAGUGCCACACGAGCCGCAAAACCCGUCAGAUCCAAGCCGUCCAGCAGAUGAUAGUGACAAUGAAGAGGACGAAGAAGAUGAUGACGAUUCACAACACAACUACGACGAGGAUGAUGAUGAGGAUGAGGAUGAUGAUCCCUUUGGGGGGUUCGGCGGUCCUGGCGGGCCAGGUGCUGGAUUAACAAGCACCCUCAGAGCUCUCACCGGGAUGAUGUCUGGGAUCUCCUCCCGACUUCGUGACAUCCUCAACAACCUGCGCCAGAAAGGAGACUCAUCGCUUCAGCUGAUCGCCUUGCAGGAGUUGUCUGAAAUCCUACUCGUGUCGAAUGAGGACAACCUUUCCGGUCACUUUUCCCCGGACUCUUUCGUCAAGGAGCUGGUUACGCUCAUGCAGCCAAACGAAUUCACGGGCGAAGAGAACCCGGAAAUCAUGCUCCUCGCCUGUCGAAGUUUGGCAAACCUGAUGGAAGCCAUACCCGCCAGUACAGCCAACGUGGUCUACGGCGGGGCGGUGCCAGUCCUCUGCCAAAAGCUGCUCGAGAUUCAGUUCAUCGAUUUGGCUGAGCAAGCUCUGAGCACGCUGGAGAAGAUCUCCGUCGAGUACCCUACCAGCAUCGUUCGCGAAGGUGGGCUUACAGCCUGUCUCUCGUAUCUCGACUUCUUCGCGACCAGCACACAACGCACGGCUGUCACGACCGCUGCGAACUGUUGUCGUAAUAUCCCAGAAGACUCGUUUGGCGUCAUAAGAGAUGUAAUGCCGAUCUUGCUGAACGUACUUGGAAGCAGCGACCAGAGAGUUGUGGAGCAGGCGUCCUUGUGCGUGACCCGCAUCAUCGAGAGCUUCAAGUAUCAGUCUGCCAAGCUCGAGGAGUUGGUCAGCGUAGACCUCCUCCGAGCUGUCUUGCGGCUCCUGGUUCCAGGCACUACCAACCUGAUCAGUGCCAACAUUCACACACAGUUUCUUCGUGUGCUUGCCAUCACAGCCAGGUCCAGUCCAAGGCUCUCCGCGGAACUCUUCAAGCUCAACGUUGUCGAAACGCUGUACCAGAUCCUGACGGGCGUCUCACCACCAAGCGAAACAGAUGAUGUCGCUUCGAAACUUGACAGCGUGGUCAUUAUGCAAGCGCUCAUCCAUCGUCCACGUGAACAGAUCAUCGAGACUUUGAAUGUGAUCUGCGAGCUGUUGCCAGGAAUCAGAAUGCGAGACACCGAGGAUAUGCAGGCGUCAGGCACCGAAACCGAGUCAGCAGGCCAGCCGGCUCAGGGUGGGCAACGCAAGAAGACUUCAGCAGAGAAGCGUCUUGACCUGUUGAAUGGUUGCAAAGAUGAGGUUCGGCGCUUUGCACUCAUCUUGUUCCCAACUUUGACGGAUGCUUUUUCAAGCACCGUGAAUCUAAGCGUCCGUCAGAAAGUUCUCCUUGCACAGCUGAAGAUGCUCUCCAACCUAGACCAGGACAUCCUUGUGGACGCGCUCAAGUCAGUCCCGUAUGCGUCUUUUUUGGCUUCCAUUUUGUCGCAGCAGGACCAUCCUUCAUUGGUAGUCUCGGCCAUACACUCCACGGAGCUACUCCUCAGCCGUCUCGGUGAUAUCUAUCGCUAUCAGGUCUACCGCGAAGGUGUCAUCGCAGAAGUGUCUAAGUUGGCAGCCGGGCACCGUGAGUCGGAUUCGAAGAACGCCUCAAGUGAGCCGGUCGGCCUUGACACGGACCAAGUGAUGCACUCUGCGGACGAUACGACCGACUCCAAAGCAGAAAGCCCUGGGACACAUACCUCCAGGGACGACGAGCAUGUUCCGGAAGAAGCGGAUGAGGACGAACACGACGAUGAGGACGAUGAAGGCGAUGACGACAAGAUCGAAGAUGACCAGGACAAUGGUCAUCACGAUGAGGACGGGUCCGGAUCGCCAGCCAGCUCCGAUGGCUCGACAAUGUCUCUCGACGGGCCUAGCCAUAUCUUUUCUACCGAUGGACCUGGGACGGAGUCCAGAAUCGCGAACGUGGCAAAGAUGUUCCUCCAAGUCCACGAAACGGCGCAGCAGGGCAGACUGAUGAAAGAAAAGGCACAAAAGAUUCUUGCGAACCUGCAAGAACUGGCCUCGAGAAUCAGGACAUUCUAUCUUCAGCCCACAGGAGAUGCCUCUGUGCCGGAGGAAGGAUUGGCUUUAUUUGAGCAGUUGGCUUCACACUUUGAUGCCGAGAUGCUGGAGAGUGUCACUAGUGCUGAACUGCUUGCAUCUGGGCUUGUACGAGUCCUGGAAGAGAUUUUCAGCAAUCCGGACGAGGCUCUUGCCAACUCGGCACGAGCGGCUUUCCUCGAGGUCUUCAUGGGACGAUCUGUUCGCGUCAAACCUAAGACAUCUACCGCAGAGUCGCCCGCCACACCGUUCAGUGUCCUCGUACACAAAUUGCAGGAUCUUCUGAGUCGAUCGGAGCAUUUCGAGGUCUUGACCGUUCAUCAAAACACCUUUGACGGCAAUCGCAGCAGCGCCGCGUCGAUGCUGGCAAAACAGAUCAGACUGCGACUUGUGGCUGAUGACGAGUCGGAUAUUCCCCGCUCCUACCGCAAUAUUAUGGUUUCCAUCCAUGCAAUCGCAACAUUCAAGGCUCUUGAUGAUUAUUUGCGUCCAAGAAUCAGCUUGUUCGAGAGACCCCGUCUUGCUCGUCCGCGGGAUGGCUUGUCAAGAGCACUGGCAGCCAUGGCGAGCUCCGCCGGUCUCCCUGCUACAGGCCGACUGGCUGAGCGUGCGGGCUCUCUCUCUGCGUUGGCUGGCCCUCCAUUUGGCGGCAGCUCAUUCUCUGACAGGCAAUCCAAACAAAAGAAGUCGCAGCCCGAGACAUCGACCUCUAACUUGAGCGACACCGAGCGGGACAAGACGACACUUCGCAGAUCGUCAAGACGGAACCCGUCUGGCCCGCCUGAUUCUUCCCGGCCAUCUGUUUCAGCACCUCAUGAUGAUAGUGAUGAUCUGCGGAACGCACUCGAGUGUGCAGACGAGAAGCAAAUGUCAGACGACGACGAUGAGGAGGACACCGAGCUUGCAGAUACCUCUGCGCUUGAUGCCAUUGUCGGCGAGCUGGACGAAGAUCUGGACGACGAACCUAUGCCAGACCCAUCGGCUGUAAGCGUCGAGGUUGCCGCGGGAGGCAAAGUCACCGCCAUGAAUGAAGAUGGUACCCGUGUUCCCACACCGGCCCAAACUACCUCCUCCAAGCCUCCGCCGCAGCGCACAGGAUCAGCAGUCGCUUCCAGUUCUCAGCGUGACAAAGGGGCCAGCGGCCAGCAGACCCCGACACCUGCCACCUCCUCUCGGCCUCAAUCCUACGCGGCUGCGAUACAAGCUAUACCUCAGGAUUGGCACAUCGAGUUCAGCCUGGACAAUAAAGUCAUUCCAAAUGAGACCACAAUCUAUCGCGCGGUUCAUAAGAGUUCGUCAGCUUCCGACGACCAUUCAAGCCGAAGUGCAUGGUCUGCUGUGCACUCGAUCAAGUUUCGCCGCGUGCCAGGACCUCCCCCAGCGGAGACGAUCGGCUUUGGACACGUUUCCGAAGGCUCCGCCGACAUCAACGGCGUGCCGGCUUCGCUGGCACACCAUCCGACUACGGCGUCCAUCCUUCGCCUGCUUAAUAUCCUCCACAGCCUGAACGCCAACCUUGAUGAUGUUCUGGUGGAGGACAAGGCAGCACUGCGACUCAACGCGGAGCCUCUUGCGCAGUUUGUGAACACGAAGCUCACAGCCAAGCUGAAUCGCCAGCUGGAAGAACCACUGAUCGUGGCUAGCAACUGCCUCCCAAGCUGGAGUGAGGAUCUCGCCAGGUUAUACCCGUUCCUCUUCCCAUUUGAGACGCGUCACUUGUUCCUCCAGUCAACAUCGUUUGGAUAUGCACGGUCUAUGAGCCGUUGGCAGAAUGCGCAGCAGGAGGACACAUCGCGUCGAGAUCGCCGGGAUGACCGUCCGUUCCUUGGUCGCCUCCAGAGACAGAAAGUCCGCAUCUCCCGGGGCAAGAUCCUCGAAUCAGCACUGAAGGUCAUGGAGCUAUACGGAGCAUCGCAAAGUAUUCUCGAGGUUGAAUACUUUGAGGAAGUCGGGACCGGUCUCGGACCGACGCUCGAAUUCUACUCCACAGUAUCUAGGGAGUUCUCGAAGAAGAAACUCAAGCUCUUCAGAGACACAGAUACGAGCGACGCCGAAGAAUACGCGGGCGGACCCAACGGGCUGUUCCCACGACCAAUGUGUGAAGAAAACCCAGUCAUCAUCCACCUCUUCAAAACACUUGGCAAAUUCGUCGCGAGGUCCAUGAUUGACUCCAGAAUUAUUGAUAUCAACUUCAACCCAAUUUUCUUCCGCAUUGGAGAUGACACUUCCAGUGUCAAGCCAUCACUUGGCGCUAUCAAGGUGGUUGAUCCUGGGUUGGCAAGUUCGCUGAAACUCGUUAAGAAGUUUGCCUUGGCCAAGAAGGCGAUCGACGAGGACCUUUACCGCACUGCCGCGCAGAAGGUCGCCGACACGGAGAAGAUUAUGGUUGACAAUGUGUCAUUGGAGGACUUAGCUCUUGACUUCACCCUCCCUGGCUAUCCCGAGAUUGAGUUGAUCCCAGGCGGCUCGAGUCAAGCAGUUGACAUCUACAAUGUGGAAACUUACCUCGACAAGGUCAUCGAUAUGACCCUGGGAAGCGGCGUCAAGGCUCAAGUGGACGCAUUCCGUGCAGGCUUCUCCCAGGUCUUCCCAUACACUGCGUUGAGUGCUUUCACACCAGACGAAUUAGUCUCCCUGUUUGGCCGAGUAGAGGAGGAUUGGACGCUCGAGACUCUCAUGGACUCGAUCAAGGCCGACCACGGCUACAACAUGGAUAGCAAGAGCGUUAGGAACUUGCUCCAGACGAUGAGUGAACUGGGUCCCGCUGAGCGUCGCGACUUCUUGCAGUUCACGACUGGCAGCCCUAAACUUCCGAUCGGAGGCUUCCGAAGUCUCACACCAAUGUUCACCGUCGUCUGCAAGCCAAGUGAACCGCCGUACACAUCAGACGAUUAUCUUCCGAGUGUAAUGACCUGUGUCAACUACCUGAAGCUGCCAGACUACAGCAGCAUCGAGAUUAUGAGGAAGCAGCUUUUCACUGCGACUAGAGAAGGUCAGGGUGCCUUCCAUUUGUCUUGA